AUGGACUUCAACAAGGAUCGAGGAGAGAAAACCUGGAGCAACGAAGGUGUGUCAAAUAUAAAAAAUUUCGAACGAAAAGCAAACAAACAUGCUAUUUCUGAAAGGCAUCUCGUUUGUCAGGAACAAUUUAAGUUACUUGGUAAAAAUAUAAUUGAUCAUGCACUAUCGGAAGGGCGACGCUUGCAAGCCAUAAAAUAUAAUGAACAAGUUGGCAUUAACCGUCGCAUAUUAGCUCGAUUAAUUCAUGUUGUGUGUUAUUUGGGGAAACAAGAGUUAGCUUUCCGAGGACACGAUGAACGAAAAAGCUCAUUAAGUAAGGGUAAUUAUUUAGAGCUAUUAGAACUCUUAUCGCAAGAAGAACAAAUACUCAAAGAACAUUUUUUGUCUAACUCUUUAUUUAAAGGAACGUCUAGUGAUGUGCAAAAUGAUUUAAUUGCUUGUAUUACAGAUGUCGUAAAUACUAAAAUAAUGAAUGAUUUAAAAUGUGCAAAUUUUGUGUCUAUACAAGCCGACGAAACUACCGAUGUAUCGUGCAAAUCACAAAUGAGUAUUAUUUUAAGAUACGUUGUUGACAACAACAUUGAAGAGAGAUUUAUAGGUUUUUUUGAUGUAUCAAAAGAUAAAAGUGCUGUUGGACUUAUGAUGGAGCGGCCGUCAUGGCUGGAAACCAAAAUGGAGUCCAAGCCAUUAUUAAAAAAACUUAUCCAAAAGCCCUAUUUAUUUACUGCUAUGCCCAUCAACUGA